GGCAACUGGAUGGAAAAUAUUCUUGGCAGGGGUUAGGGGUUCAGCAGAGGUUCUGCCAAGAAAUCAUUCAGGGGCCCCAUGCACGUUCUCGGCGCUGAACAUCGAGUCGAGUCGCGUCGAGCCAGACUGGCCACCUGCGCUUCUAUCAACCUUCGAUUUCCUCCUCUCGCACCACCAAACCCAAAAUCCCCCCAUUGCACGCCCCGACACACACAAUGGCACCCGCAAAGCCAUCCUCGGAAAAGGACACCUAUUCGGUGAUCCUACCGACCUUCAACGAGCGCCAGAAUCUGCCCAUCAUGACCUGGCUGCUGAACCGCACCUUUACUGAGAACAACCUCGACUGGGAACUCGUAAUCGUCGACGACGGCUCGCCGGACGGCACACAGGACGUGGCGCGGCAGCUGAUCAAGGCGUACGCGCCGCACGUGCAGCUGCAGGCGCGGACGGGCAAGCUGGGGCUGGGGACGGCGUACGUGCACGGGCUCAAGUUCGCGCGGGGCAACCGGAUCAUCAUCAUGGACGCCGACUUCAGCCACCACCCCAAGUUCAUCCCGCGCAUGAUCGAGCUGCAGCGGGCGCGCGGGUACGACAUCGUCACGGGCACGCGCUACGCCGGCGACGGCGGCGUCUACGGCUGGGACCUCAAGCGCAAGCUCACCAGCAAGGGCGCCAACAUCUUCGCCGACACCGUCCUCCGCCCCGGCGUCAGCGACCUCACCGGCAGCUUCCGCCUCUACAAGCGCGACGUGCUCGAGAAGCUGUUCGAGAGCACCGACGCCCGCGGCUUUACCAUGCAGAUGGCGCUGGCCGUCACGGCCAAGUCCAAGGGCUACAGCAUCGGGGAGGUGCCCAUCUCGUUUGUGGACCGCGUGUACGGGGAUAGCAAGCUGGGUGGGGAGGAGAUUGUCGAGUAUGCGAAGGGGGUGUUGCAGCUUUGGUGGUCGACUUAGGAAAGGGAGGUGCAUGGGGAGUGGACGAGUAGGAACCGAGAGGAACGAAGUGGGCUGGGGGAGGUAAUACUGAGAGAUACCAAGGGGGCGAAAAGAGGGCUUGUUGUAUGAUCAGGACGGAGGAUUUGGGCAAGGCGUUGUUUGUGUGGUUCAUCAUAUGCAAUCCGAUUUAACUGUCGCAUCCACCCGACCUCUCCCGUCAUUCC